AUGGUGAGUCAUUCUGGGCAGGAGGUCGGGCUCCAGGUUCUGGAGGUGAGCUCCAAAACUGGGCUGGCCCGGAGGGGCCGUGGAGCGUCUGGCCAGGGGCACGCGGGAUUCGAGGAUGUGGAGCUUGGGUCUGGAGCCUUUGGAAGGAAGAAGGCAAGAUGCAAAGCUCAGCAGAAGCCAGAGUCCUCCUGGCUGUCCUCAGGAGGUGUGACGUUGCCUGGAAAAAACAGCAGCAAGGUGGAACCAGGGCUUUCAGGGGGCAGGGGCCUCCCAGGGCUGAGCCAGAUCUCCCUUGGUCCCCAGCAGCCCUCAGGAGGGACGCUGGGCAAAGCCCUCCGGCCCCCAGGGCGGGGAGGGGUCCGGGCCCUCUCCCCAUCGCCCCGACCCCGGCCGGGAUUCCACCAGGCGCGCUCCGCGCUCGGUUCCGCGCCGGCGGACCGGACCCACCAGCAGCUGGCAGCCGCGGGCGAGCGCCGCCUUAACCCCUUCCUGCCGGGCCGCCGCGGGCCCGAGCGCAGCCCGGCUCUCUCGCCCUUGCGGGGUCCAUCUCCUCCACCCCCCACCCCAACAAAAACCCCGGAGCCCGAACUCUGGGGCGCCGGGGCUCCGCCGCAGCGCACAGCCCCGGGGAAGCGGAAAAGCCCUGCUCCGCCGCAAAGCGGUUUUGAAUCGGAACCGAAGAGGGGGAUGCAGGCCGGCGUCCCAAGUGGUUCGGGUCCUACCAACCGGCGCUAUUCACCGGACCCGGUUCUGCCGUCAGCUGCAUUUCCCAUCACCCGCAAUCGCCUCGCUGCGCCCUCCGCCCGCGCCGGCGCCAGCCCCCGUCGCCCGGCUGGGUCUCAGCCGGAGCCUGCCGCGCUGCAGGCUGCGCCGCCCAGUGCCCCGCAGCCCCUCCACGCGCCGCAGCCCGGGCAGGGGAAGCGGCACGCGCAGCCCCACGCCCCGACACCGAUUUACCCUUCCCGCUGGGCACCCGGGGCUUCCAUGUUCCUGGGUGACCGCGAGCGCCAGCGGAACGGCGGCGGCGGGCGGCAGGGGUGCGGGCGGCCAGCCGGGAGCCGGCUCUGCAGUCCCGCGGGCGGCGCGUACGGAGCGCCCGGCCGCCGCCCGCAGCCGCACCGCGCCGCACCGCGCCACGCAGCGCCGCACCUGGCCCGGCUGCGAACUCGAAUUAAAGGGGCCGGCGGGGACCAGAGCCGAGCAGGUGGCCGCUGA